AUGUCUGCUGCUCUUGAAGAUUUGGACCAGAUCUUGAAAAGCAGCCUGGCUGGAUUGGAGCCCUCUGUGCCAAACCAGUCUUUUGUUUCUAAGGACAAUGUAGUUGCAAUAGAUACUUCACUAUAUGAAGAGAAUGAUGGGAAAAUCAAAGGGGAGACAGUCAGCGACUCUGGCUACAGUGAUAUGAGUGAUCUUCCGAAACCAAAAGACAUAACAGAAGAAGAUCUCAUAAAAGUUUUGGAAUCCGAGGAUCCAACUGCAUUUAGGGUGCCUAUGAGUCUUGGAGAGCCUCAUGCAGAGAUUGACAAGUCUGGGAAGGGCUGCACUGCGUAUGAUGUUAUUAUACACCCAGACUUCUUGGAGAAAUGUAAACAGAGCGAACUCUUUGUGAAAUUCCUAAUCACCAUUUCAAUUGAAGGCCUUGAAGAAAAAUACAGCAUGUUAUUGGAUAGAAAUUACACAAUGCUGAAAAAUAGAAAAUUUCUGGGCACUCUCCCUGAACAAAAUAUAAGAACCCAGUCUAAGCCCUUAAUCAUGGAAAUGGGAAGUGCUGGAGCUUCAGCACCAGGGAAACCUCUUAUAUCAGAGGUCUCAAGUUUUAAUAGUCAGGCAACGAAGCCCAAGGGAGAGGAACCAAAGUACUCAAUUGUUCAAGAACCCCCUGAUGGGCACCCAGAGUUUCUUGUUGCUGAGAUACAACUUCCUAAAGUGAAAACAGCAAAGAGUUUGACAUUAGAUUUGGGUGAAGAUAGGAUUUUCCUUCAGACACGAUCAGACAUUUAUUUACUGGACAUCUAUUUACCUUUCAAUUUAAUACAAGAUGAAUGUGGGGCACAGUUUAAUCGACAGACAAAGGUGCUGACAUUGACAAUGCCUGUUGUUCCUCCAUGCAGCUGAUACAUUUAGUAACCGGUUCAUAGCCACUCUUGUUUAUUUAAUUUUCAUUUAUAUUUAUUUUUUAAAGGAAAAAAUGAAAAAGGGCAUUAUUAUUUUUAAUGUCACUUUAAUUUGCAUGUUGAACAUCAUUAGGAAUUUAUCUCAUCAGUGAAAUAAUUUGAUGUAUGGGUAGGUGAACAGGUUG